AUCACGUCUCCUUAUUUCAGUUUUGUCAGAGACGAACAAAUAAAAGUCAUCGCAUCACUUAAACUACUCUCAACCUUCUUCUUCCAUCUCGCCUCACCGAUACACACACCUAUACAUACAAACACACUAUUCCGUACAAAUCGUUUCGUAUUCAUUGACAUUCUUCUCUGAUCUGCCGAUUUUUUCGCUUUUUUGGUGGAUUUAAUUGAAUUCUUCACCGCUAGGGUUUCGAUGUUGAUGGCGGAUAAUAAUAGCUUGGGUGAUUUCUGUUUUGAAGACGAUGAUGAGGCUUCGGAUAGGCUUUGUUUCGAUAUUGAUUCGCUCUGGGACGAGAUUGAUGAUCAGACAAAAUCGGAGGAUUCAAUGGUGAACGUUGCGUCUCAAGAAUUGCCCAAAUUGGACGAGCUACCAUCACAUGGGAUUGACGGAUUAGGAUCUGAUGCAUGCUCCUUUUCAUUUAACUCAGAAGUUUCGGAUCCUAGAGCUGGAAGCUCAGAAGGUUCUUCAAAUUCUGCUGGGAAGUCUGUCAUAUUUGAUGGUGAAAACCAGUAUUAUUAUGAACAAAAUGGUACUCCCAUGUGUACCUUAACUGGAAGUUUUCCUGACUGGAAAUCUGUGACACCUUAUGGUAGCGAAGGUCUGACUCACAACUUGUCUACAGAGAAUUCUGAUAUUACCUAUGGAUCAUAUGGUGAUUUAGCAGACAAUAGCUCACAUUCCCUAGGAGCACCAGAUAUAGCUAUGGAAUUCUAUGAUCAGAAUUCCACUGGUCCGGGAAGGGCAUAUUCUGUCCCCUCCAUACAGUGUUCUACUGAAAAUUUUGGUGGUCAAUUCGUUGAAAACAAUGUUGAGAUGGUAGCUAAUGUAAUUGAUGACUUUGAGAUGCUUCAGAGGAAUGUUAAUUGUUCGGAGGAUACAGUGAAAUUUGAGUCUCCUCUGGAAACUAGUGGUGGAACGUACUCAGCUGCACCAGAAAAUAUAAAAGGAAUAGAUUACAGAUAUUAUAGAAUGUUAUUUGAUAAUGCAGUUGAUAAUGCAGUUGGCAAGACAUACUCGGCGCAGUUUCUGCCUCAGAUUACGUCAAAUUCAUGUAGCAACGUGCAAUCCAUAUGCAUGAAGGAUGAAAUUAGUAAUUUGCAAGAUCAUGUGACGAUGAAUGGUGCUACAGGCAGAAAAUUUUCUGGUGCUGAUCAAAUGUCUUGCAAGAACCAAUCAUUUCACUUGAAGGAUGAAUGGUAUGCAACACAGGGCAGUGCAAAUAGUACAACUGUAGAUCUGGAUUAUGUGGCUGAAAGAAAACCUUCUGAGAUUGCCGAUGGAUUGUCGACUGAUAAGAAUCUAAGACAACCCCUUACUGGCAAGCUGGCUUCCACUAUUCGUAAAAGCCAGGUGAUUGCAAAGGAUGAAAUAAGUGAUGUUUAUUUUGCAUCUAGCAAAGCUAACCAUUCUUUUGUCAAAGAUGAAAGUUGUAUGAUUCUUAGUCCAAUUGCUGAUGAUCCUUGUCUAGAUAGCUUGAAACGACCUUGUCUAGAGCAAUGUAAACAGUUAGUUUCUCCAAAGGAAGAAAUGGAUAAUAAAUGGGUUCAAUCUCGUAGCAGGGGUUCUUAUUCUUCGAAAGGUAGCCAACAAACAGUUCAUCGUGAUUCAUGGGUGCAGAAAUCUCAUGUUGAUGAUGAUCCCGAUAUAUGUAUUCUUGAAGAUUUGAGUGAACCUGCGCGCCGGCCUCAGCCUAUAGUGAAUGUCAAGUUAAAUAUUCCAUCACGGAGCUCUUUAUUAGUUGAAUCCCACAAUCACACUGAUGUAGGUGGUGUGAGGCUUAAGACAAAAGAUGAGAGACUCAUUUUUCGUGCUGCAGUGCAGGAUAUAUAUCAGCCAAACUCUGAAGCUAAUCCACCUGAUGGUCUUCUGGCAGUCCCUCUUUUAAAGCACCAGAGAAUUGCUUUAUCGUGGAUGGUCCAAAAGGAGACGAACAGCGAACACUGCUCUGGAGGAAUUUUAGCUGACGAUCAGGGGUUGGGCAAGACAAUAUCAACCAUCGCACUUAUACUCAAGGAAAGAUCUCCAUCUUCAAAAAUCUCAACUAAUAAACAAAAGAUGGAUAUGAUAAAUUUAGAUGACGAUGAUGAUGGCAUUUCUAACCUUAGCUCAGCAAAUCAAGGCAAUGUUUCUUCUCAGGAUAGGGUGAGUGGGACUUUAAGUAUAAUUGAAGACACAUCUGUGCAGCAUAAGGUUAGACCAGCUGCUGGAACAUUGAUUGUCUGUCCAACAAGUGUUCUUCGACAAUGGUCUGAAGAAUUGCACCAAAAAGUAAGUAGGGAAGCUAAUCUCUCAGUGCUAACAUAUCAUGGGGGAAACAGAACAAAGGAUUCUUUAGAGCUGGCCAAAUAUGAUAUUGUUCUGACUACAUAUGCAAUUGUUAGUAUGGAGGUGCCAAAGCAGCCACUUAAUGAUAAAGACGAAGAAGAGAUAGGAAGGAGAAGUCACCUCCAACCAGUGGGACAUCCGUCGACUAAGAAAAGAAAAUAUCCUCCAAGUGAAAGAUCUUUGAAGUCUAAGAAGGGUGAUAGUGAAUUUGAACCUGUUGCUGGCCCUCUUGGCCAAGUUAGGUGGUUUAGGAUUGUAUUGGAUGAGGCCCAAAGCAUCAAGAACUACAAAACACAAGUUGCUAGAGCUUGUUGGGGCCUUCGUGCUAAACGUAGGUGGUGUUUAUCUGGUACCCCAAUCCAGAAUUCGAUUGAUGAUCUGUAUAGCUACUUCAGAUUUCUAAAGUAUGACCCAUAUGCUGUAUUCAAAUACUUUUGCUCGAAGAUAAAGGUCCCUAUUCAGAAGAGUCCAGCUGAUGGGUACAGAAAGUUACAAGCUGUCUUGAAGACAAUAAUGCUACGUCGCACAAAAGGAACUUUCCUCGAUGGAGAGCCAAUAAUAAAUCUUCCUCCCAAAACCAUAGAGCUGAAAAAAGUGGAUUUUACUAUGGAAGAGAGGGAUUUCUAUACCACACUGGAGGCUGAAUCACGAGCUCAGUUUGCUGAAUAUGAAGCUGCUGGAACUGUUAAACAAAAUUAUGUUAAUAUAUUGUUGAUGCUUCUGCGCCUUCGGCAAGCUUGUGACCACCCUCUUCUUGUAAGAGGGUGUGGUUCUAGUUCUGCUUGGUUUUCUUCUGUUGAGGUGGCGAAGAAAUUAUCUCUGGAGAGGCGAACUUCUCUUUUAAACUGUUUGGAAGCCUCUUUAGCAAUUUGCGGCAUAUGCAAUGAUCCACCUGAAGAUGCUGUUGUUACAAGCUGUAAACAUGUAUUUUGCAAUCAAUGCAUAUGUGAACACUUGUCAGGUGAUGACAAUCAUUGUCCUACAAGAAAUUGCAAGGUUCGCCUCAGUGUAUCAUCAGUCUUUUCCAAAGUGACGCUCAAGGCAUCUUUUGCUGAAGACGUGGGAAAUGUCACUGACUAUUUUGAUUCACUGCCAACUGAGACACAUCAACCUUGUCCAGAAAGUGGCCCAUUUGAUUCAUCCAAAAUUAAAGCUGCUAUUGAAGUUCUUCAAUCUCUGUCCAAACCUCGAUCCUUAAUGCAUAUAGAUAGUUCUUCGGCAACUAUCGAUGGUGGUGCACAAUGUCCAGAAGAUCUGUCAAAAAAUAUUUCGGCAGGGCUACGGAGUGAUGUUCAUAAUAACAGAAAUGUGGAUUUGGAUAGUGGUUCAAGUAGUUUGGUUCCAGCAGUGGGAGAGAAAGCAAUUGUGUUUUCUCAGUGGACGAGGAUGCUUGAUCUGCUUGAAGCUUGCCUUAAAGACUCUUCUAUCAAUUAUAGGAGGCUUGAUGGAACAAUGUCAGUAAUAGCCCGAGAUAAGGCCGUGAAAGAUUUUAACACUCAACCAGAGGUGACUGUUAUAAUUAUGUCUUUGAAAGCUGCGAGUCUUGGGUUGAACAUGGUUGCAGCCUGUCAUGUGCUUCUCCUGGACCUUUGGUGGAAUCCUACCACUGAGGAUCAGGCAGUUGACCGAGCUCAUCGGAUUGGUCAGACUCGUCCAGUUUCCGUAUUGCGCUUAACUGUUAAAGAUACCGUAGAGGACCGGAUUUUAGCUCUCCAGCAAAAGAAAAGAGAGAUGGUUGCAUCUGCAUUUGGAGAGGAUGAGACCGGUAGUCGUCAAACUCGUCUUACAGUAGAGGACUUGCAGUACCUAUUCAAUGUCUAAUUCGGAAUUAUUUUAGGAGAAUUUUGUCAUUUAACAUGUGUUUCAUUGGAUUUUGUAAUGGGCGAGAAUUAGCAGUGUAUGGUGCAGCAACAGCAUCAAGAUCUACACUGCUGACGCCUAUUCUGUAGAGAGGUUCUGAGGAGUCAGAUAAUCAUUGCGAUCCUCGUGGGGAAAGGUGUAUUGUGUGAUAGAGUAUGGGGUUAGUUAUAUAUCUGAGAAGUAGUUCUAGCAGCUGAUCAUUUGUAUAGGAUUGGAAGGUAUAGAUUAUACCAGCUGGGGAGUGGCAAUUUUAUCCAGAUACAAUUGUCUGAAAUGUAUAUGAUAUAAAUGUUUUCCUGCCGAAAAGAAUAUAGAUUUGACAGUUUAAUUUGUA